GAUGUGUCGAGGAGCGACCCGGAGCGGAGAGUAGAUACCAGAGAGGAGCGGUACCGACCCACUCACACUCCUCCCAGCGUGUUUUUCUCCCGUGUGUGAAGCUCUGGAUGGCCGGUUGACCUCACGGAACCAACACUCCGGUCCUCUGUCACUCGGAUGAGCGCUGUUUGAGGCCAGAAAGCGGAUUUAUUUCUCACUUUUUUUUUUCUUUUUUUCUUUCUUUUUUUGUUUUUAACCGGAGUCUCAGUGAGAAGCAGAGCUGCGAGAUGAAAUACAAAAACCUGAUGGCGAAAGCGUUGUACGACAACAUGCCGGAGUCCCCCGAGGAGCUGGCCUUCCGUAAAGGGGACAUCCUGACCGUCAUAGAGCAGAACACAGGAGGCCUGGAGGGCUGGUGGCUCUGCUCACUGCACGGCCGCCAGGGCAUCGCCCCCGGCAACCGCCUGAAGCUGCUGAUUGGACCCAUGUUCGAUGCCCAGUCGCCAGCCGCCAGCGCAGCCGCACAGUCCUCCCCUCAGAGCUCGGGGUACCAGCAGAAGCCUGCCUUGGGGGCUCAGGGGAUCUACCAGGUGCCCCCAUCCCUGCAGAGUCCACAGCAGCAGAGUCAGCAGAGCAUCUACCAGGUUCCUCCCUCACAAGAUGUCUACCAGGUCCCACCGAGGAGCACGCUGGCUGCUGAUAACGCUCCAAACAAGGUGGUGACCCCGACCAGAGUGGGACAGUCUUACACCUACAGCCCCGGACAGCACAACCAGCAGGACCUCUAUGAUGUCCCACCCAGCAGAUCACAGGGGGUGUACGAUAUUCCCCCCGGUCAGAUGUUCCCCGCUGCCAGAAACCAGGGAGUGUACGACGUCCCCCCGCCUCAGAUGGACCCGCGGACACAAGGCGUUUACGACAUCCCUCCAUCUUCACAAGGGGUUUACUCGGUGCCUCCCUGCAGGACCAACCCCGCCCUCCAGGAGGGAAACUACGACUUCCCGCAGCCUCUCAAACACAAACAAGAAGGCAUCUACGACGUACCUCCGCCUGUCCUCACCAAGCCCACAGCGAGCCCUCAGUCUCACUAUGACUUCCCCCCCAGUGUGGAGCCUCCUGCCCAUCACCAACACCCGAACACCAACGGCAACGAAGGCAUUUACGACGUGCCUCCACCCGCCCAUCAUUCAGGGGCGGGGUCUCAGAGAGACGUGUACGACUUCCCUCGGGGCAUGCAGCCCCCGCAGCACCGAACCUCGCCCGCCGACAGAGACAACAGCAAGGGCAUCUACGACAUCCCGGCUCAGGAUGCUCGCGCAGUAGCAGACAUGACGGACGGCGUGAACCGCCUGUCGUUCUCCAGCACCGGCAGCACACGCAGCAGCAUGUCCACCUCGUCGUCCUCCACGGGCUCCAGCUCUGAGGGCCGCCUCGCUCUGGAUGUGGACGCUGCCGUGCAGAGGUUGUACCGCCUGCAGCAGGCCGUGGACGCCUCAGUCGGGGCUUUACACUCAAUGGCAGCUUCCCCUCACUGGAGGACUUUUCCCUUCAUGGAGCGCCACGCUAACGACGUGCGCACAGUGCUGGACAGGGUCCGGGCCGCUCUGGGGGACUUUGUCGUGUUCGGUAGAGGAGCUGCGGCGAACGCCACGGCUCUGUCAGACUCCAGCCUGCACAGUAAGCUGAGGCGGCAGCUGGGACGCCUGGAGGACUCGCAGCAGAUCCUCCUGCAAAUCUACCAGGUCCUGGAGAACUGCAGCUGGGCUCUGAACGCUCUGGUGUCUUCAGGCAAGCACCACAACAAGACCGACGAUCUGGAUCGCUUCGUCAUGGUCUCCAGGACUGUUCCCGAUGACGCCAAGCAGCUGGCCUCCACGAUAGGCAGCAACGCUGAGCUGCUGUUCCGGCGGACGCACAUGGACGGGUCCUUCUCCAUCGGCAGCACACCCGAGGAGAACAUCAUCCACCCGCUCACCUCCCCCUCCUCUGACAACGACAACUACGGAGGGCAGACCAAGCCCUUCCCUGUGCCCUCCAGCCAGGACAAAGACAACAUGAACAACAGCGAGAAGUGUGUGAAGAGCUGGAUGGAGGACUACGAUUACGUGCACCUGCAGGGCAAAGACGACUUUGAACGUCAGCAGAAGGAGCUGCUGGACAAAGAAAACAUCAUUAAGCAGAGUCAAGUCCAGCUGGGACAGGAACAGAUCAAUCAGUUCAAGAAGCUGGAGCAGGAAGUGAUCAAACCCGUGGAGAACGACAUCACACAGUGGAUCUCGCACCAACACUCCGGCGUGACCUCGGCCUCCCCGCCGGACUCGUCCUCCUGCCUCUCCCCGUCCACCCCCGUCUGCGCCCGGGACCGCCAGCUGCUCGGCUUCUACUCCGAGCAGUGCGAGCAGCACUUCGUCACGCUCCUCAGCGCCGUGGACGCCUUCUUCGGCUGCGUCAGCGCCGGGCAGCCCCCCCGCAUCUUCGUGGCGCACAGCAAGUUCGUCAUCCUCAGUGCCCACAAACUGGUCUUCAUCGGAGACACUCUGUCCCGGCAGGCCUCGGCCCCCGAGGUGGCCAACAGGGUGAUGAACUCCAGCAACGUGCUGUGUGACUUGUUAAAGACGGUGGUGGCCGCGACCAAAACGGCCGCGCUGAACUACCCGAACACGGCUGCCAUCCAGGAGAUGGUGGACAGAGUCACUGACCUCUCGCACCACGCGCAGCAGUUCAAGGAACAGUUGCUGCAGCUGGCCAACUUGUGAUUUUCAAACCCGCCGCUCCGUUCGUUUCACCAUAGACUCCACGUGUACAUUAAUCUAGCAUAAAUAUAUAUAUUUACAAUACAUUUAUAUAUAUUGCUCCUCAUCUUUAAGCCUGUUUUGGAUGUUGUAAAUAGUCCGUUCUGUAAAUAUUUGCUCUAUUUUGUGUAGAUUGUUUUAUAUUAUGGUAUGAAUAUAUAUGUAGAUGCAGUAUUGGUGUCUCUGUAGGAUCAUGUAGACGUUUUUUUUUUUUU